AUGUUUAAUUUAAGUAAACAAUUGGGAGUCAAGUUACCUUUGACUAUUCCCACGUCGAUUAUGGCGGUGAAUGGAAACGGAGUCGGAGUCCAAAGUUCCAUAAAGAGAAAUCUCACCAACAACAAUAACAACGACAGCAAGAACCAGCGAUUAGCUAUCAAACAUUAUCAAAAUCUUUGCCAUAAACGUUUGUCGUCCUCCUCAAGUGGAAGCAGUCCGAAUUCUGAACCCAAUCAAAUGAAGCGUUUGGCAGGAAAAGUUGCUGUGGUCACCGCCUCCACCGAUGGAAUUGGGUUUGCCAUAGCAAAACGUCUAGCGGAGGACGGAGCAGCCGUGGUUAUUAGCAGCCGUAAGCAAAAAAAUGUGGAUAAUGCCUUAGCCGAGCUAAGGAAACUUAAUCUUAAUGUUCAUGGCCUGAAAUGUCAUGUUAGUGACGCUCAGGAUCGGAAGGAGUUGUUUGAACAAACCAUUAGUAAAUAUGGCAAAUUGAAUAUAUUGAUUAGCAAUGCCGCCACCAAUCCGGCAGUGGGUGGCGUCCUCGAAUGUGAUGAACAAGUGUGGGAUAAGAUAUUCGAUGUUAAUGUAAAGAGCUCCUAUAUGUUGGCAAAAGAGGCAUUGCCCUAUCUGAGGCAGCAGAAGGCAUCCAGCAUUGUCUUUGUCUCAUCCAUAGCAGGCUACGAUGCAUUUGAGCUCUUGGGCGCCUAUUCGGUAAGCAAAACUGCUUUAAUUGGCCUUACCAAGGCUGCCGCCAAGGAUUUGGCCCCCGAAGGUAUUCGUGUCAAUUGUCUAGCGCCCGGCGUAAUUAAGACAAAAUUCUCGAGAGCCUUGUAUGAGGAUGAGUCGGCCAAUGAGGCAGCUUUGUCCAAAAUUCCCAUGGGUCGUUUGGGCACUAGCGAGGAAAUGGCUGGAGUAGUCUCUUUUCUAGUCUCCGAAGAUGCUGGCUACAUCACUGGAGAGUCUAUAGUGGCUGGUGGCGGUAUGACGGCACGUCUAUAAGGCAAUUCAUUUAGGAUGUGUUUUUUGUUUUGUUUUGCAUACAUUUACAAUUUGCUUAUGAGCUAGUGAAUAUAAAUUUAUAACAAUGA